UUGACAGGAAUGCUUCAGAACUGCGAGAGUGGCCCAUGCAGCUGGGAGUGGAUACAGUGGGUUAACCUUAAUGCUGAAUUAGAGGGUGUGAGAGUGUGGGCCACAACUUCUUCACACACAACUCUUUCAGAGAGCCAAGGAGUGUGUGUGUGUGUGUGUGUGUGUAAGAGAGAGAGAGAGAGAGAUACAGAGAAAAAGAUGCUGCAGUAACACCACUGCUAGAGGGUCCUUGACCUCACACUUUGUGUUAAGUUAUAGUCCAACACUCUGAAGCAGUGGGAGAGAAGUUUGGCGAGUGACUGUGCGAUUUGACAGGAUUGACUUUGCAAGAUGACGAUCCGUGUAUAAAAACAAAAGCUAAAGUGGACGUUUCCCACACAGACUUGCAUCAGCGCCAACCAGCUGCCUCGCUGAGGGACUUUUGCUUCAUAUUUGGUGUGUGUAGUGGUGUUUGUGUGUAAGUGCCUCUAAACUUCCAUUUCUGAUUCAGCAUGGAUCAACCAGCUAGCAGCUGUAUGCGAAGCUCUCAUCCUGGCAGUGCUCUUUGGGGUUGUGCCAGAGCCCCUCACCCUGCCAGUGUCUCCGGAGGCGCUCUACAGCCGUACCAGCAAGCUGCCUUCUCUCUGCAUCAGAAACCUGACUUCUUGACCUACACAGACUUCUCCAGCUCGUGCUUGGUGCCAGCGCCGCACUCGUAUCCGCGGGAUGAAAGGCUGUACCAGGAGGCACAAGGCAUGUACCAGCGGGCAGAAUGGCAGUUCAGCCCAUGUGAGACACGUGGCAGGGGUCAGGAGCCCUGUCAUACAGCUGCUGUGACAGUUGGAGCUGCUGGAGGAACAGACAUGAGCAGCGCAGAAACAGACCGGCUGCCUGAAACACUGACAUCCGGGCUGGAGGGAGAUUACUUGCCUCAGAACAUAGCCACUACUGAUACAGAGAAGAAGAGCUGCAAGAGGAAACGAGAACUCACAGAUAUCCAGGACUCCGGAUUUAAGCCUGACUCAAACUGUAAAGCGAGAAAGGAAAGGACAGCCUUUACUAAAGAGCAGCUGAGAGAGCUGGAGGCUGAGUUCACUCAUCACAACUACCUGACUCGCCUGCGCCGCUAUGAAAUUGCUGUUAACUUGGACCUCACAGAGAGACAGGUAAAGGUGUGGUUUCAGAACAGACGCAUGAAAUGGAAGAGGGUGAAAGGUGGACAGCCUGCUUCCCCUCAUGAUCUGGAAGCAGAUGAGUUGGAUUCUGCAGCCUCACCCAGCUCUGAGUGAUGACCCUGACUUUCACUGCUACAGAGGAGCCAUAAAUAUGAAACAAAAUGAACACCAUGUCAGGUUUUACUCCAGUCCCUUUACACAUCCAGAUAAACUGUUUCAUGGAGGAUAUUUCUCACAUUUGGAUGGACACCAUUCUUACUGGCCACUGGUGUGGACAUGGUGUGGACAUUCACUCGCAAGCUGAGAACAUUAUAUCAGAGAAUAUAUUUCUCAAACGUAAAUGUGAUUCAUAUUCAUUGUUCAAGUCUGUUUAAUACCUUUUGCCCCCAGUGAUGACAAGUCGAUGUAACCACACUGCAGUGGCAGAGGUUUUAAAGCCUGACUGUUCAAGGAUCACAGGAUCACUCAGAAGAUGAGGAUUGCUCAUCUGAGGCCAAUGCACCAGUCCUUAAUGUUACAUUUCUUUGUUUUAUUAUAAGUCAUGCUGUCAAGUUGUUUUUAAAAUACCUUUUCUGUUGAACAGUUGUUUUCAAUAGUUUUACCUCUUUUUUUCCAUUGAAUGUAAUGAAAUUGAUAAGACACAG